AUGGAAUGCAGNGCUGUGCUGAAUUGGUUACGUCGGAAUGAUAAUGAAGAUCUUUACAAUGAGGUUCUCGGUCUCAAUACCGUAUCUUUCGAAGAUUUCUAUGGGCGCUUAUCGAAGUGCGAUACGGCUGUUGCAAAAAUCCCAAGGAAAGCGUUGAUGGAGAUUCUCGAUCGUCUUCACAUAACGUUCAGUUUACCGGCAGAUGGCUGGAAAAAACGUCGAGAAAAGAAGCAAAAAUUGAAAUGA